AUGCUUUCCAACCAAAACAACACUCAAAUGCCCGAAUCCAUGCCCGGAUCCAUGCCUGGAUCUAUGCCUGGAUCUAUGCCUGGAUCUAUGCCUGGAUCUAUGCCUGGAGCAAUUCCUGAAAACAACAAUACAACUCACAACGCAACGAACCAAGAUGCUGAGCCUAGCAUUGGUGGUCCUCACAAAAUCCAAUCAGGAAUUCUUCAUCAUGGACUCCCUGUUGAUAACACUGAUAAUGUACAUAAUAAUACCCACGGUGAACACAACUUCAGCAAGGACAAAUCACUUGUAAAUAACGCUGCAUCUGGCAUGAAUGGUCAUCAAAAUGACAUGAGCCCUCUUCAUUCAAAUCACAGUGAGAACAGCAUUGAUAAUAACAACGACCAUCAUUAUAAGCGAAACGCUGCCCUUGGUGCUGGUGCCGCUGGUCUUGCCGGCCAUGAGAUCAAGAACCACCAGAAUCAACAAUUUGGCUUUGAAAACCAUCGUGCAGGUGGCAAUUCUCACCAAUCUGGUCUCGGUCAUAGUAGCCACGAAGGUGCUAUCAACAAUCCUCUUCAAUCUGGAAAUGAUAAGCUUCACCAUUCUUCCAACAACGAUGACCAUCAUUAUAAGCGCGAUGCUGCCCUGGGUGCUGGUGCCGCUGGUCUUGCCGGCCAUGAGAUCAAGAACCACCAGGAUCAACAAUUUGGCUUUGAAAACCAUCGUGCAGGUGGCAAUUCUCAUCAAUCUGGUCUCGGUCAUAGUAGCCACGAAGGUGCCAUCAACAACCCUCUUCAAUCUGGAAAUGAUAAGCUUCACCAUUCUUCCAACAACGAUGAUCAUCAUUACAAGCGCGAUGCUGCCCUGGGUGCUGGUGCUACUGGUCUCGCUGGCUACGAGUUGAAGGAUCACCAUGGCAACGCUAACCCUCUUCAAUCUGGCGUUGGACACAAUAAUCAUGAAGGUAUCAACAAUAGCAAUCCCCUGCAUACUGAGACCGGUUUUGGUCAUUCUUCUGCUGGCAAUCCUCUCCAUCCUGGAGCUGCUAGUUCUUUCAACGACAAUGAACACCACUACAAGCGCGACGCUGCUCUCGGUACUGGUGCUGCUGGUAUUGCUGGCCACGAACUGAAGAACCACCAUGAUAAAGAAUCCGGUCUUGAUGGCCAUCACAGAGGAAGCAACCCUCUUCGUUCCGGAUCUGGUCUUGAUAACCACCAUUCUGCCACUGGUAAUCCUCUCCACUCUGGACCUGAUAGCGUUAACCGCUCUGUUGAUGGUAACAAUGACCACCAUUACAAGCGUGACGCUGCUCUCGGUGCUGGUGCUGCUGGUCUUGCUGGCCACGAACUGAAGAACCAUCAUGACAAGGAAUCUGGUCUCGAACGUGCUCAUCAUACUUCUGGUAACCCUAUUCACCCUGGAUCUGACAACAUCAAUCGCUCUGUCGAUGGUAACAAUGAACACCACUACAAGCGCGACGCUGCUCUCGGUACUGGUGCUGCUGGUCUUGCUGGCAACGAACUGAAGAACUCUCAUGAUAAAGAAACUGGUCUCAGUAAUCACCAUACCUCUUCUGGCAACCCUCUCCACUCUGGACCUGAUAGCGUUAACCGCUCUGUUGAUGGUAACAACGACCACCAUUAUAAGCGCGAUGCUGCGCUUGGUGCUGGUGCUGCUGGCCUCGCUGGUCAUGAAUUGAAGAACCACCAAGACAAACAAUCUAAUGUUGAUGGCCAUCAUGGUAGCUCUGGUAACCCUCUCCAUCCCAGCUCUGACAACUUGAGCUAUACCCCUGAUGGCAAUGAUCAUCACUACAAGCGUGAUGCUGCUAUCGGUGCUGGUGCUGCUGGUGUUGCUGGACACGAGAUGAAGGAACAUCGCGACAAGACGGAAGCAGCUUCAAACCGUACCUCUGUCUCUUCUGCUGGUUCCGGUGAAAAGAAGGGUGCUGCUGUACACGAUAAGCCCUUGAAUACUGGUGGUGAUGCUCAUCAUGUUGCUGAACAACCUCCUAUGGGUUUGGGCGGCCUUACUGGUAAACAACCUGUGGGUGAAAUCAACUUCCACAAGCUUUCUUAG